UUUAUUUGCUGUCCAACCCGCAAAAUUUUAGACCAGGUGCACGAAGCACCUAGGAAUAAUUCCAGGGAUAUGUAUGUAGAUAGUUUAAUGAAGACAACUUGUUGAUUAAAAUUAUUAUUUAAAUUCAAGUCAAUAAACUCUAUACAUAUUUUUAUUUUCAAGCUUUUUUCUUUCUUUUUUUAUUGCCGCUUCAUUCUCGUCCCAACAUCCUUCAUUCUCUCUUUUAAAUAAAAAUAUAUCCAAUCCCAUGCUAUUCAACCAUAUUUCACACCAAACAAUUUUAUUUAUUUUUAAUUUUUCGGCCUUCCCCCAUAAACAUCUUCUGCUCUUUCCUUUCUUUUUUCCGUUUUUCUUCCGUUUUUGCCAGCGGAGAAGGAAAAAAGAAAAAGCUUGGCCGACGUUUGUAUAUGCUUCCUGCUGCCCUAUAAUUACGGUUGGGCAGGACUAGAUAAUUGCCUAUUGCCGGAAGGAGGAAAAAGAAGAAGCGGGGAAGGGGAUGUGAAUGAGAAGAAUGAAAAUGAAGAAAAAGGAAAGGUGGAAGAAAUGUAAAAAGACGUGAAAGAAGAAGUGACAAUUCACCGUCCCGACAAUUCGCUGAUAGUUUCUAUUUUUAGUUAACUUUUGUCGAAACACUGGAUACAUAAUUUUUUUUUUACUUAACAAAUAUGAUUUUAAUUUUCUUACAGCUGAACAACAUACCCUCACUUUUAGAUACCUAUUGUUUGACUUUAUAUUUUUGUCGGUUGAUUGCUUAUACGUGAAUUGUAC